ACCAUGUUACCAACUUAAGCCACGACAGCCCUCAUGUGGCAUAUGGGCAGUUCCCAGACCACGAGUGGUAUUCUGUCGACGACAAUGGGAACAGGACAAUUACCCGUGGCUCAUUUGGUGGCUGGUUCUGGAAAGGCGAUGAGGUCAAACUUCACCUCGGGCAAAACGAACGCAAGAUUAUACCAUUUGCGCACUUUCGCUCGAUCAACCGCCACUAUCUUCACAACAUUAUUAGAGAGACUAGUAUGAGCACCGCCCCGAAAGACAUAGCUCUAUCGGCUAAAAAGGAGAGGUCGGCAACUACUGCUGCCGCUGAAGACGAAAAUGUGACUCUCUUCGCGAAAUCGUUGAGGUCGAGGAUGAUCAGCGCACAGCAUGAGACGAUGCGAGUCUGCCAUGAAUCUGAGAUAUAUGCCGCAAGCGCGUACAGCUAUGAGUUCUAUGACUAG